AUGGCUGCCAAAAAGUCCACGCCUGCAAACGGAGCUGCUGCUGCUUCUCCGGCACGAGAAGAAGCUCCCGAAGCAUCAAGCUGGCUGCUGGAUGCGAGGCGAAGAGCUGAGGAGAUCGCUGCUGCGAGGACCGCCUCGAUAUCAGCUCCUCCACCGCGGCAAGAUGGGAGAGGCGCAAAGGGAGGUCUGGGUAUUGGGCUACAUCCUUCGCUGCUCGGAGACGUGGGUGGAGACAGGUCGCGCACAGGACAGCCAGGGCCGAAGUUCAGCACGACAAAGGGCAACCGCCAGCCGGAGAAGCCCAAAAUCAACCCAUACCUAGACGCCCAACCAGACGAGGAGCAGACGCUGGAAGACCCGACAUACGCACCUACCGCUCGCAAAUAUGCCGAACGAAAGAGUAGGCAGAUUCAGCUCAAUGACAAGGGCAAGUACAUCGCCCAGGCCAACGCUCUUCGACAGCAGGCGAAGCUGGAGGAGAUGAAGAGGAGAUUGGCGGCAGAGGCGCGGAAGACGGAGAUUGAGGAAGCCUCGGACAGGGCGUUCUUGGUAGAAGAGCCGCCCGAAAUUGAAUGGUGGGACGAGGGGCUAUUACCAGAAGGUCAGAAGAGCUACGAGGACUGGGAGCAGGAAGGACGAAACAAGAUUACAGCCGAGGACAGCAUCAUUACGGCUCUGAUACAGCGGCCGGUGCUACUUGCCGCACCGCAGGACAAAUUUGCACCACCACCCAAACCCCUCAUGCUCACAGAGCAAGAGCAAAAGAAGCUCAGACGACAGCGCCGAAUGGCAGACGGGAAAGAAAAGCAAGCCAAGGUUCGUCUCGGGCUGAUUGAGCCUGACCCGCCGAAAGUGAAAAAGUCCAACAUGAUGCGUGUACUGGGAGAACAAGCUGUCAAAGACCCGACGGCAGUCGAAGCCCGUGUCAACCGCGAAAUUGCUCAACGCGCAAACGACCACGAAGCCGCCAACGAAGAACGCAAACUCACACCCCAACAGCGUGCCGAGAAGUUGCAAAAGCAGCAGGCAGGCGACGAAGCGAAAGGGAUCAAGAUUGCAGUCUUUACAGUCAAUGAUCUCAGCUCGGGAAAGCACCGCUACCAACUCGAUGUCAAUGCUAAACAACAAGGUCUUACGGGUAUGGUUAUCCUCAACCCUUCACUCAAUCUCAUUAUUGUCGAAGGCGGUAUCCACUCGAUUCGAGGGUACAAGAAACUCUUACUGAACCGCAUCAAAUGGACGGAGAACACUGCUCCAGCCCCCGACUCUGCUGGUCCGACCACCUUCACGGGGAGUAAAGCAGCCGAAUGGUGCAAUCCCUUGGACGAACGAGGGCAGUUGAAAGAUUUGAGCAAAAAUGCCUGUGAGCUGAUUUGGGAAGGUGAAGCAGCCGCGAGAAGUUUUAAACGAUGGGGAAGUCGAGCUUGUGAGACUGAUGGUGAGGCGAAGGAUGUGUUGACCAAGACGAAGAUGGAGAAUAUGUGGACUUUGGCGAGGAGUAAGCAGGGCUUGAAGACUUCGUGGUAG